AGCCUCCAACUAAUAAAAAUAAAUGAAAAAUAAAAAAAUAAAAAGCAUGUGUCCACAUUUUCCUCAGAGAUAUGUUGUGAAUCUUUGUUUUUACUCAACAGUGAAUUUAUUGAGUAUUCAUAGCACUAAUCAAAUUUUCAUUUCCUAAAGGUAACAAUAGAAAAUUUAAAGAGUUUUUUCUGUUACUAAUUUAAGCUUAUUAAUAAAUGCAUGGCUUACUCUAGCUUUACUUGAAAGCAUGUACAAAAAUAAAGCCAGAAAACAAAAGGAGGGGGUUGUGCUUUAUAAAAUGAAAUAACCAAGGAUAACAGAAAUAUAUAUGUUCUUACACAAGGGAGGGAGACUUUAUCUUCACAUCUUUAAAAGUAGAACCUUGACCCUCUACCACUUAUGGGAUCAAGUUUCAUCUGCAAAUAUUUACUCCAAAACUGAGUAAGAAAAUUAUGUUUUUAAGCCAAUGGUUUCUUGUUAUUUUUCCUCCCUAGCAAAAAAGAAAAUUGAAAAAUCUGAAAAGGAAAGUAAAGGUAAAUACAUUUUAAGGCAUGUAUAUCAAAUUAGUGACAAAAGCACAGGAAUCAAAAAUAUGUAAUUAUACAAAUUAUGUCACUUAAAAAAGCAAUUCAUGAAAAUAUGGACAUUGGUUUUAAAGCAUAUAUCAGAAUUGCAGCUAUUUGGGGGGUUAUUCGUGUGAGGAGUGUAGUAUUGCAUUAUUAUUAGAUAUCUAAGGGGAACUGGAAGUUAGACCUUAAAGCAAACUCCAUCUGUUAUUGCUAUACUAACAACAUAAAGUUCUUUUCAUAUAACUCCUGAAUUGUAAAUAUUGACUGCAAAAUAUGUAAUUUCAAACUUAGAAAGACCUAUGAAUAAAUAUGUAUAUGACUCUACCAUUUUAUCUCUAUAGAAAAAGCAGAAAUGAGACAUCUUAAAGAAGAAAAAGUACCAACAAGAAAAGAAAAUCUUCAAUUACACAAUGUGACAAAAGAAAAACCCACAAGAGUAUCAAGAGAAGAUUCUGAAGAGGUACCAGCUUCAAAGAAAGCUAAAGAAGCUGAAGAUGUAUCUUCCACAAAGAAGCAGAAAACCCCCAUCAGCUUCUUCCAAUGUGUCUACUUGGAUGGAUACAAUGGCUAUGGAUUUCAGUUUCCCGUCACUCCUGGGCACUACCCUGGGGAGAGCGCCGGCCAACCAAGUUCUCCAGGACAGAAGCAACAGCGACAGUGAGACCCAUGUGCACAGCCCUUGCAAAUCGCUUUAGAACUCUGAAAAUAGCAUCUUUUGUUUGUCUACAAUGACACAGGCAAUUGAAAUCAUGUAGUCCAGGGGAUUUGUUUGAAAAUAGUUUACUCUUCUGCCUGGUGUAGAAAGGGUGAGCAAAGGGACUGAAUGAUAAGCAGGCAAGUUGGAGGGUCUGGCGCUCAAGAAUCUGUCAUUUGUUUGUUGCUGGGUGUGGGUGCUUAUAUUUUUCUAUUUCCAGUCACUUCAAGGUUGUUCACAAGCUAAUUUAAAUUUUGCUUAAUAAUGAUCUUUUAAACAUAAUUGACACAAUUACAAAAUGAAAUUUCUGGCUUCAGUUAGAUAUUUACUUUUAAGUGAAAACACAGACUGUAAGUUUAAAGGCUUUAGGAGCUUAUACAAAAGCUGCUCUUUUGCAUCAUGUAGGUAUCUAAACUCAAUUUACCCAAUAUGUUGAUAUUCAAUAGUUUAAUUUUAUUUCUGUAUAUAUAUAUACAUAUAUAUAUAUAUUUUAGUUGUGACUCUUCUCUAAAAAUGGGUAACAGUUUCACCAAAGAAUGUUAUAAGUUCCUUGUGAUGCUCUUUUGGAGCUCAAAAUAUCUCUGAACUUUAGACAUAAUAAGAUGGAGUGGAAAGGCUUGAUGAAUCUUAUCCCUAAGAUUUGUCUUGAAUUACAAUUAGGAAAUUCACUCCAGUGGAAAUAGGCCAUCCAAUUAGGCAAGUCUGGUGAAUCAUUUGCUUAAAUAUAAGCAAAUGAGAUGUAGACUAGCCAGAUUUCUCCAGACUGUGUGCCCGAGUAAAAUGUCACCUGGGUGAAAUUUUAAAUCAGUCACCAAAUUUGGGUGACAGAUGCAAGAGGAUUUUCAUUUCACUUUAAUAGGAUCAUUCUAUUGAGUUAAAUAGGUUUAUUGCUCAAAACAACAACAAAAAAAUAUGAAUGUCAUCGAAGUUGAAGGAACACAUUUUAACCAUUAAGUUCACCAUGAGAUAUCUUACUUGUUUUUUAGGUAAUUAGUUACCAGUGCUAAUGAAAUGAAUAACAAUCUUUAACUUAUUUGAUGAUGCAUCACUGGGGAAAACAACUCUACUUUUGCCACCCUUUGUCUCUUGGUGAUAUAAACACUUAUGCUUUUUAACUACAUUUUUCUAUCAACAGUAAAAGUCAUGCCAGGGAAUUCCCUAGCAGUUACAGUGGUUAGGAUUCCACACUUCCACUCCUGGGAGCACAGAUUUGAUCCCUGGUUAGGGAACUAAGAUCCUGCAUGUCACGUGGUACAGUCUAAAUAAAUAAAUGAAUAAAUGUCAUGCCACUGUGACCCUUAUUAUGUUUACAGUAGCAAUUUAACUUAUGACACAUUAACUCAGGAAGUAAACUGAAUUACUCUUUCUGGCUUUUUAAUCAUCUUCAGCAAAGUCUGAAGGAGCCAGAGCCAAUACUAGCCAAGUGAUUUAUGUUUAAGGACUGCAAAUAAGUUCUUUAGGUCCAAGAUGUAGAACACUGUUUCACUGGAAUAUCAUUAGGCUAGGGCAUCAGUAACAUGUUAAUUACUAAUAACGAAUUUUCAGUGACUUUUGUGAAAAGUUAGCCUUGGCCACAGGCUGGUGGACCUAACUUACACCACGAAAGCCAAUAAUAUGAUGAACCAAGAUUAAUGCCAGUCCAUGUGGAAGGCUUCCUGGAAUUGUGUAACUUCAGUACCAAUCAGAUAGUACCAUUUAUAAAGCCUCUUCUUGUAACAGUGAAAACUUGUGGGUAGGACAGUGGAUGAAGUUUAUUGCUCAAUUACUUCUCCAGCUUGUCCAAUUUAAUGACUAAAGGAAUAGAGAGAAAGUAUGAUGGUUUUCUCAGUUUCAUAGAAAAGAAUGGUUUAUCUUUUCAUUCAAUGACUGUUGAGCAUUUACUCUUUCUAAAGGCACUGUGUCAGGCACUGGGCCGUAUAAGAAAAAUACCAGAGAUAAUUCUGUUCCCAGUGCUAUCCUGACACAAUAUGUGGCCUUAGAAAAUUUGCUAAACAUACUGGGCUUAUUUUUCCCGUGUGUAAAAUAAGGAUUUCUGGACAAACAACCUUAUACCUCACAGAUGUACCGUGGAGACUGACAAAAUAUCUUCACAUGGACAUGAUAAAAAAAUGUCUAAAAUGACGCUUUUGAAUGUGGCACUACUUGUUCCUCUGAGUGCUUUUCUAUAUUAUAUCAUGGUCUCUUUCGUUCUCAUUAUGAAAAAUAUUUGAUGAAAAAUAAAAUAUGACAGCUCCUUGUAAUUAGACAAAUCAAUUAUGCUGUAAACAAUAUUAACAAUGUUGUUACGGUGUAUCUGCUUAAAGUUACAAUGAAAUAACACAUGAAAAUUGUUAACUAAACUCUCAUUUGUUCAUACAGUUCCAGCAAAUAAAGUAUUUCUAGUCCUUUCA